UAUUAUAUCGUUGAAAAGCUUUAUGAAACUAUGUAGACUCAAAGCGAAGGAAAUACUCACCUACGUCACACAUAAUGCUAAAUAACAAUGGCGUUAUCAUCCUCAACCAAUCGAUGUUUAUUUGUAACAGGUUGCUGUUGACGUCAGCAACGUGUGGCGCGCAUUCCAGGGAGGAAAKGAGGUGGCGCAAUCGGGCCCGCUCUCUGCUCGAGUGGGUAUUUUGGAUAUUUUGCCGAAGCCUGAGGUUCUGCAAAAUGCCUCCGGUGUAAAGUGGCCAACAAUUAUGGGGAGCCGGGACCCCGCCUCAACCGGGUGGACAGACCGACUGCUAUUGAGAGUUCGUCAGGGCGGUUAAUGUGGGGACAAAGCACACUGUGGACCGACAAUCUUUACAUCCAAGAUAGCCAGCAGCAGACAGCAAGAGGCUCGCCGUCAGCUCAGCUGCAGAGGAGGCGGCACUGUUUGCAGGAUUAAAGCGAGAGCUUGGUGUGUACGGUUUAGGGGAGGUGGUCUUCCGAGCGUGAGGGAAAUUUGAGUCAGACAGGUUAGCUAUUGCUGUGAUUUUUAAUAACUGUAACAUAUAUGCCUACCAAGGAACCCUAUCUAUGGAGAUAUUGUCGACACAGAGAGGAUCCGGUCAGCCCGACCUAGUGACCGAGUGGGUUCAACCGGAAUAAAUCAAUUGGGUAGGCUAAUCUCUUAUUUUUUUGUCCGUCGGGCGGCGAUGUCAGCUUUCUGCCUCGACCUGCACACAUCCAAGGCUGCGAUUUCAGCACCACCCGAGCUGGACAGCGACUGCAUGGAGCACCCGGUGGAUCAGGGCAACAAAACCCCACAAGAAAAGGGAGGAUUUCAGGGCCACUCGCUGCUACACACCGGCUCUGGAGGCCUCGGGAUGGCGUUGGAAGAGGAAUUAGCCAUGCUUACUGGGGAGCAGGACGACGAGGAGGAGGAAGAGUUGUCUGAAUUGGAGACGCCUGUAAUUGGACAGAAUACAGACUUGUUGUCGCUCUUCCGUCAAAAAGAAAAGGACUUGGUUUUAGCUGCUAAACUAGGCAAGGCUCUGCUAGAGCGUAACCAAGACCUGACUAAGCAAUAUGAUAAAAUGAACAAAGAUCUUAACGAUAAACUAGAGCACCAUGAGCAGGAGAAGCACGAGCUGCGGCGGCGGCUGGAGAAUAGGGAGGGGGAGUGGGGGGACCGCGUGGCGGAGCUGGAGAUAGAUGUCCAGCAGCUGCAAGGAGAGCUGGAGCGCCAUCAGGUCCAGCUGAGAGAGGCCGAUCGCGACAAGUCCAUGGCUAUGAGGGAGCUGUCAGAAGAACACCGCCUGCUGGAGCAACUUAACGGGUGAGCUACAGAUGUGGAGAGGCAGCUGUCCACUCAGGUCCACUCGUUACGGGAUGACUUCAGAGAGAAGAGCAUCUCUACCAACCAGCACAUGACACGACUAGAGAGCCUACAGGCUGAGAUUAAGAUGCUGUCGGAGCGUAAGAGAGAGCUGGAGCGUCGGGUUAACGCUGUGCUAGAGGAAAACGAGCUACUUCAGAACACUGUUGACGACCUGAGGGAAAGAACGCUAGUGCUGGAGAAACAUCACCACGAGAAGGACUUACAGUUACGGCAGAGCCAGCUGGAGCUCCAGGAGGUCMGGGUGUCCCACAGACAUCUGAGUGCCCGCUUUGAGGAGCUCACAGAGGAGAGAAGUCUACAAGGCCUCAGCCCACACCCUGCCAGCCUACUCUGUGAGAUAGAACAGAGCAUGGAGCAAGAGGAGCAGGAACAGGAGAGGGAGCAGCUUCGUCUCCAGCUGUGGGAGGCCUACUGCCAGGUGCGCUCGCUCGUCUCCCACCUGCGGGGCAACGACAUCACAGACUCAGCCCUGUCCACUGACUCCUCCAUGGACGAGUCCUCAGAGACAUACUCGGCCAAGGACGUUCCCAUAGGGAGCCUGCAUGCCAGUCUACUGGAGCUACGCAGACUCACACAGAACCUGCUAGACGGCAACGAGUCCACGGGUUCUCGCCGUAGUGACGAGGAGGCUCUUGAAGACCAGGUUCGAAAGCUUGGGGAAGAGGUGAGAGGAGUGAGAGAGCUGUACGAAGCAGAGCAGGAUAGAACACGGAACAGCCAAGAAGAGGUUCUACAACUCCAUAAUCAGAUGGCGAUGCUCUCUGUGGAGAUGUGCUCCGUACAGGAGGAGAGUGAGCGUAUGAGGGCCAUGUCUGAAGCACAAGACCCCAGUGAACAGCUCCAAAGUGCUAUACGAGACCGAGAUGAUGCUAUUUCCAAGAAAAAAGCGGUGGAGAUGGAGCUGGCCAAGUGUAAGAUAGAUAUCAUGUCUCUGAACAGCCAGCUCCUGGACGCCAUCCAGCAGAAGCUGAACCUAUCACAGCAGCUGGAGGCCUGGCAGGAUGAUAUGCACAGUAUGAUUGAUCAGCAGCUUAUGGAAAAGCACCAGGAGGAGUGGAGGGUGACCCCCUACACCCUCGCUGGGCCCUCUGGGGGUCGCGGGGGCCCCUCCGGCCAGUCCUCCAGACGAGCCAGUCGUCUCUCCGAUGGAGACAAGAGGCUCUUUUCCUUCUUCAARAAGAACUGAGUGCCUCUGGACUGGCCCAAGUGAACGAACACGAGAGAAAAGAACAAGAAAAAGAGAUGGAGAAAGAGUAAAGGUAAAGCCAAAGACAAAGGGUAGUGAUACAGACUGUCAGACAGGGGGGCUAAAGAGGUUCAGAGGUCAUUUGCACUUUAUCUGUCCCAUCACGCCCUUCCUUACAGACCCGUAAAGAAUGAAUGAGUAGCACUGUAAGACACCCCCAGAGGCCUUGGCUACAAUCCCAUAAACACCCAUUGGGCUUACAUGAACAGGGUUACAUAUAUUACCUCCAAAGAGGUCAGUUCCCUAGUAGUGCCUCCCAGCGUCUUUACCCCACUGCCAAAACUCCAGACUGGGACUGUAUGCAUACAGUAGGGCUGACUCCUGUGUGCUGUCACAGGCCAAGGAGUCUGGGGAGAGGGUGUUCAAUAUGGGACUCACCAAGGCCUUGGAGUGGAGGGAUUGGGACGGUGGGGCAGGGAUCUGGGUAAGGGCGAGAAGGAGAAGGACCAGCCUCUGGGUGGGAAGCAGCAUUGUUACAGCUAACUCAGACAUGUUCUCAGGUUUAUUCAUGUGUUCAGGGAUUUACAAAGAGGCCUUAUUCCCAAUCAAUACAGUCCAAUAGAUGGAUGUCAUUCAAUUGGUAUGCACUUCACAAUUAUGAUCAUGCCAAUGCAUUGGUUAAUAUUGUUAAAGGUAGCUCUAACACAACACACCAAAAUCACAGAACUUUUGCAUUCACAAAAAUAAGACAGAAGUGUAAAUGUCCAGAUCAAGCCACAGGAAAUCCAUAAACAUAUCACUUGUCUUUAUGUAUAUUGAUCAUAAGUUUACCUCAGAUCAUACUCAAUACUGACUGAGCAACCACGGCAUGACAAAGUGACACUUACAUUUACCAAGCACUGAAUGUAUGAAAACCAGUCAAAGUGAGUAUGGGUCUAUCUCAGGUCCAUGGACAUUUCUACACAGGCCUCUUGUCAGUCUCUGACAUCUAAAUAAACCUCUAGGCAGCUGUCGUUAGUUGCAGCCUCUAUCCAGGUGGACUUCUACAGUUAGAAUGUCACGUUUAGCAUACAUUUGACAUACAGAAAGUGAUAAGAAAACUGUAUUUUCAAACAUUGUCUGUGCAAUGGCCAUGUAUCUUCCUCCUAGCUGACCAAAUCCUCACAACUGUUUACAUUAGUCUAGGUUGAGAAAGGGGAAGUCAAAACGGUUUCUCAGUACGUCUGCAGUGCCUAACUUUGGCAAGUCAAAGGCAUCCAUAUUGUGCGAUAGUUAACUGUCAAAUGACCAUUCAUUGGAACACAAAGUAACCUACUCAGUCAGCUACCACCAAUCGAGUUCCACAGGAAAACAUAUUGACAGGGCCUACAGAGUCUUUAGUUAUAGUCACAGUAAUAUAGACAGUCUACUGCCAUUCCCAUUGCUUCAAAGCUUAUGAUAGUGGACACUUUAUUUCCUAGCUUUUGGGCUUCCAUUCAUGCCAGUCAUACAGAAUCUGUGACUCCAUAUUUGUAGAGUGUGUGUAGAUAAAUGUGAUGCAUCUGAAGCCUCAUGGAGCGUUUGAGAACGAGACUGGCACGGUCCUCUGACCUCUGUGUGUAUUGGAAGUCAUAUCUCAAGCACCUGAGCAAACCUAUGCAGAUGUCUUCUCGCCAUCUCAAUUGGUUAGGUUGUUGAUUAGGAUAAACCCAAAGAAUGGUUAUUUUUAAAGAGUUGAGAGUAGGUUGGGAUGAAAUCAAUAGAUUUAUAAAGGCAUACAAUGAAAAUGUACUCUUUCUUUUUAGAAUGAUACUUUCAUUGUCCCUGUAGUUUUGUUUUGUGUUUUGAGUGUUUACAUACAAAUUGAGAUCUCUGUGGAAAGGGAGAGGAGGGGUGAAGAUUGUAGAUUCUAAGUUCUUCAUGUGACUGUUCAGUUCUGUCCAAGCAAUAAGUCAUUCUAACUUUCACGCAAAUCACAGAAUGUUGUUGAAGAUAGAGUUAUGCUCUUGUAUCACAAGUUAGGAUUCUGUAAGUCAGUCGACCAAUGUUUGAAUCAAGUGUUCUCCAGCCAGGCUACAAAAACAAAGUCAUUACCAGUUUGCUUCUAACAGGGGUUCUGGGUAGUACUGACAUUUUCUACAAAGUAGGAUUUGCUUCCAUAGCCUUCACUCCAGCCCACAGUUACACUCUUAGAUAAAAGGGUUCCAAAAGGGUUCAGCUGUCCCCAUAGGAGAACCCUUUUGGUUCCAGGUAGAACCCUUUUGGGUUCCAUGUUGAACCAUUUUCACAGAGGGUUUGACAUGGAACCCAACAGGGUUCUACAAAGGGUUCACCUACUGGGACAGCCAAUGACCCUUUAAGGUUCUAGAUAGAACCUUUUUUUCCUAAGAGUGUAAAGGAGUGUAAAGAGUGUUUUUGAAUUGAUCUGAGGGAAUGGUUAAGGGGGUCUAACACCAGUAGCUGGUCAGCUCGGAAAGGCACUAACUGGCGACAUUAUUAUAUUGGUCAGGAAGCCAACCACACACAGCUAGACUGCAGCCUCAGAACGGAGGGAUGAGAAGUAUAUUCUGCAGGCCAAGCUAGAGGUUGGUUGAACAUGGAAGGAGCAUUUACCUAUAUUACGAACGGGAUCAAACAACACUUACCAUGACCAGAAUGUUAGUUCUCAUAUCCUUGUCUUCUUGAACUCAGCCUCAUGGCCUGUUGGCACCAGGUGUUCCUGGACAUGGCCUCUGGUCUAAAAGUUUGGCCAUUCUGUUCAUUCAGGGGGUUGGGGGGGUCGGUUCAAGCUCUGGCCUGUAAUUUACAUCCAUGCAUUUGUUUAUUCAGUUUAAUGUUGUGUACUCUUCAUGUAUAUGUUAUGUCCAAAAUUACUGUCAAUUGUAUUGCUUCCAUUUCCCAUUUGAAAACUAUUUUUAAAGCCUGUCUCCUGUCCUCAAUUUUAUUACCCGUUAACCAUCCUGGAUGCUGAAGGAAGAGAUGUUCUCUUGCGUUGUUUGUUUGUGUGUGUGUUUGUUUGUGUGUGUGUUUGUGUGUGUGUGUUUUUGUGUGUGUUUUGGAAAAAGAAGACAUUCCAUGGUGUGUCAUCUGCUUGUCCUUAUGGGCCCUGUUCUUUGGAAUUUCACUUGGUCUCAGUGUGUGUGUGUGUGUCUUUUUACAAUCACCAAUGACAAACAUUGUUUGGGUUGCCUGGAACCUUCGAAAUAGGUAAUUGACCAUGAAUUUGGGCAAUCUGUGGAAGGUCUUGGUAUACAUUAUUUUUGCAUCAGUACCCCCAUGUCCCCCCUGACUCACCACUAUAGACAUAGGGUAAGAAACAUAGCUUCAUGUCAACCUCAUUAGUGAACAAUCAUCAAUAAUUACAUUUUUGCAAUUUAUCCUUCAUAAAUGAAUGUGGUACUGAACUUAACAGGGCCCACUCUCUCUCCUGACACAUUCAAUAUGUUCCUGUAAUGGUAAGGGACCAUAUACCCUGCCCCAGUCAAUUGAAUAUGGAUAAUGCACACUGUCAUGACACUGAAAGGCAAUAUCCCAGAACACAAGUGAACUUAGUAUCAAUGACAUUCAGUUUGAAAUGUUAAGUGAGAAUGAACAAAAGAUAAAUUACAUAAAGCUAUAUGACUUGACACAGGUUACAUAUGUGUAAGUGUGGAUGUACACUACAGUUCAAAAGUUUGGGGUCACUUAGAAAUGUCCUUGUUUUUGAAAGAAAAGCACAUUUUUUG